UUCGAAUUCCUGACCUCAAGUGAUCCGCCUGCCUUGGCCUCCCAAAUUGCUGGAUUACAGGCAUGAGCCACCGUGCCUGGACUUGUUUUUUAAAGACCGAGUCUUGCUCUGUUACCUAGGCUGGAGCGAAGCCGUGCAAUUAUAGCUCUCUGCGACUUCCAACUAUGGGCUCAAGUGAUCCUCCAGCCUUAGCCUCUGAGUAUUGAGGCAUACCACUAUGUCUCGCUAAUUUUUUUUUCUUCUUUGAGACAGUCUCACUUUGUUGCCCAGACUGGAAUGCAGUGGCGUGAUCUCGGCUCACUGCAACCUCGGCCUCCUGGGCUCAAGGGAUUCUCCUGCCUUAACCUCCCAAAUAGCUGGGACUACAGGUGCCUGCCACCAUGUCUUGCUUAUUUUUUUUGUAUAUUUAAUAGAGACGGGAUUUUACCAUGUUGGCCAGGCUGGUGUCGAACUCCUGAACUCAGGAGAUCUGCCCUCCCCAACCUGCCAAAGUGCUGGGAUUACAGGCAUGAACCACUGCGCCUGGCCCAUUUUUAAACAUUUUUUAAUAGAGAUGAGGUCUCACUGUGUUUCCCAGGCUGGUCUCAAACUCCUAGUCUCAAGUAAUUUUUCCACCUCGACCUCCCAAAGUGCUGGGAUUACAGGUGUGAGCUACUGUGCCUGGCCUAUUUUUCACCUUUUUAUAAGAGGAGCCACCCAUUUUAUCAAGUCAUUACUAGAUGUACAAUAUUGUAGAGAAGUCUAUAUAGUUGAUUUAGAAGCAUGCCAAGCUCGAGGGGCUGGCCUGGACUCUGACCUAUGCUAAAGCCCAUGUAUGCACUUUAUUCUACUUUCAUCUAUACUUUUUCCCAGUGGCACAUGGUAGAGUCGAAAUACGUAUUUGCUGAAUGUAUAAAUGAAUGACUAAUUUUAUGGGUAAAAGUUGGUUGUUUCAAUGAAACAAUGAUCCAGAAGAAGAGGAGGUUACUUCAAACAGAACCUGGCAAUCGGAUCAAUACCUUCAAGUGUCUGUCUCCAUAAAAAUCUUCCAGAAGAAGAGGAGGUUACUUCAAACAGGACCUGGCAGUUGGAUAAAUACCUUCAAGUGUCUGUCUCCAUAAUCACAUUUUAGCAAGAUUCCCAGUGUUCCUCAGGUAUUGCUGGAUGCUGUGCCAAAACAACAGUUGCUCCAUUGGAUCGAGUAAAGGUUUUAUUACAAGCUCACAAUCGCCAUUACAAGCAUUUUGGAGUAUUUUCUGCAUUGCGUGCUGUUCCUCAAAAAGAAGGAUUCCUUGGAUUGUAUAAAGGAAAUGGUGCAAUGAUGAUUCGAAUCUUUCCCUAUGGUGCAAUCCAGUUUAUGGCAUUUGAGCAUUAUAAAACGUUAAUUACUACGAAGCUGGGAAUUUCAGGUCAUGUGCACAGAUUAAUGGCUGGAUCUAUGGCAGGUAUGACAGCAGUUAUCUGUACUUACCCUCUUGACAUGGUUAGGGUCCGCCUAGCAUUCCAGGUGAAAGGGGAACACACCUAUACAGGAAUUAUUCAUGCAUUCAAAACAAUUUAUGCACAGGAAGGUGGUUUCUUUGGAUUUUACAGAGGUCUGAUGCCUACUAUUUUAGGAAUGGCUCCAUAUGCAGGUGUUUCAUUUUUUACUUUUGGUACCUUAAAGAGUGUUGGGCUUUCCCAUGCUCCUACCCUUCUUGGCAGACCUUCAUCAGACAAUCCUAAUGUCUUAGUUUUGAAAACUCACGUAAACUUACUUUGUGGUGGUGUUGCUGGAGCAAUAGCACAGACAAUAUCCUACCCAUUUGAUGUGACACGUCGGCGAAUGCAAUUAGGAACUGUUCUGCCAGAAUUUGAAAAGUGCCUUACCAUGCGGGAUACUAUGAAGUAUGUCUAUGGACACCAUGGAAUUCGAAAAGGACUCUAUCGUGGUUUAUCUCUUAAUUACAUUCGCUGUAUUCCCUCUCAAGCAGUGGCUUUUACAACAUAUGAACUUAUGAAGCAGGUUUUUCACCUCAACUAAAAAAAAAAUUAUGGUUGGUUUUUCUUAAUACAUUCUCAGAAGAAGAAAUGAAACAUUACUUUAAUUGUUGGGGGAACAUUACUUGAAUGGGGAUAUUUACACUGUCACAGGAGCCACUGAUAUUUUAGUACUUGAUUAUUUUUUCUUUAGUCACAAAUCAGAAGUGCUUACCAUACUUUUUGAUGCCAAACAUUAUACCUUAGAACAUUGAAAAAAAUAUUCCUAAGCUGAUGCUGGCUAAACUGCUUUAAAGUUUUAUUUGGAAGUAGAACUAGCUUUAAAACGGGGUUCAAGAGGUUGCCAUUAGCUUUGUCAUGCUGUUCAAAGUUUUUAAUUGUUAUGGUUUUUAAAAGACUGACAGUGUUUAUUAUUAUUAAAGUAAGCAGGGUUGGUUAUAUUGCAGUAGAAUAAUGAGAACUGAAUUUUUAAGUUCUAUAAAACAGCCAGCAUUGACAUUUUCUUUUUGUUAUCUCUCUUCUCACAAUUAUGCUCCACUGGAUAAUAGGAAAAACACUUCUUUCCUUCAUUUUUUAACUAAAAUUAAUGUUGUAUUUAAAAAGUAGCCAUGUAGAGACACAAAAAUAAAUGAAGAAGCUGGGCAUGGUAGAAUGGGCAUGUGGUCCCAGCUACUCUGGAAGCUGAGGUGAGAGGAUCACUUGAGCCCCAGAAUUCCAUGCCAGCCUGUGCAACAUCGUGAGACCCCGUUUAAUAAAUGAAUGAAUGACUAAGUCUUGCUCAAAUGUUAUUACUAGGUACUAUGAGUGACUUACAUGUGUUUGAAAAUGUCAGUGUGUUUCCCAGAGGCAGAAAUAAAAAUACUGAAUAUCUUUGCUCUCAAAAACAAAGUAGCACUGUAGAUUUGAUUUUGUUAGAUGAUUUGCUCUAUACUAGAAUAUUUAAGUAGACUGUGAAAUAUUUAUUAAUGUAGAUGUGAAUAUCAAAAAAUGUUUCUAAGGUAUUAUGAUGCAUCAACUAGUUCUUCCAUGUAAAAUAAUUUUAGUGCAAUAUGAAGAUGUAGAAAUGUAAAAUAUGAUUUGAAUUGUUAUCCUUUAUAUUAAGAAAAUGUUUUAAAACGUAAGAAUUCCAUUUA